GCCGGGGUGGCGCGGCAGCGGGGCUGGGGCUCUUGACGACGCACGGCGGCGGGGGCGACUCGGCGGCCGGGUGCUGUGGUGCGGCGGCGCUCUGGCACGGACGCACGAGGGGGUAAGUGUGGUGGCCAUGGGGCGAAUAGGGUGCCUCUACUUCUUGUUCGUACUCUCCGUUACGAUCGUUGUUGGCUACGUCUCCUACUUCUCGGAUGUGAUUCUUGGCAAGGCAACACCACCAUCUCCUGAAAAGGGGUUUGAUAGCUCCACCAUAAUCAUGGGUGCGGUGUUAUCAGCGCUUUCCUUUGCUACACCUUACAUUGUCCAUUGGAGCACUGGUUGCAAUCGGAAUGCUUUCAUGGAGAUAUACACCUACUCUGCCGUUAUCUCGGCAGGAUGUGCAACUUUUGCAUGGUUAUUGUAUUCCCUUUGCCAGCUACACAGAGCCGAUGGAAGAAUUGUUGGUGUUACCACUGUAGUGAUCUACACCAUUGGGCUUACUAUCUUUUGCGUCACAUUAACUAUCAAGUUUAGCCCAAAUGGGGUUGUGAGUGGAAAGGUUUGCUGGGCUACAGUUAUAUCGCUGUUGAUCAUAACUAUUGUGCUGAUGCUUAUGGCAUUGUUUGGACCUUUGAAGAGGGAUACAAGACUUGCCAAUAUAAUAUCUGCAAUUGCCGCUGUGGCACAGCUGUUCUCAUCGCUUCUUCCAUUUGCAGACCUGUGCAAUAGUUGCAUUAGUCAGGGUCAGGCACCUGAUGCCCAGGUUCCUCCAUUCAGAAACAGAAGGAAGCUGAGCAUUUACAUGAGCUUGUUAGAUGCUACUUUUAUGAUGUAUUGGGCCAUAUACUGCAUCCAUCACUACGAGCGUUCAACUUUUUGGCUUGCCAACAUUAUGUCAUGGAUUCUAUCCUGGAUAUCUGCUUCCUUAUCCAUCUAUAAGGCGCUCAGACCUGUCAUGGCUCAGGCUGAAAGGGGGCGUUAGUUUCCAGUUUUUGUCGUCAGUUUUAUAAUAGUGUUAGAGUUCAGACAUGAGAUGGUCUUUUGGUGCGUAGACUUAAGUCAUGCUUGGAGAUAGCUUAACUGAGAAUGUUUUUUUUGUGUACCAGAAACUUGGUGGUAGAAUCUGGUCAUUUCUUUGUGUGCGUAGACUUAGAGUCAUGCUUAGAGAUGGCAUAACUGAGAAUGUUUUUUUUUUUUUUGUGUACCAGACAAACUUGGUGGUUGAAUCUGGUGUCUCUAAUCAUCGUGGAUUUGCAGUAAACUUAACCCAAGAAAAUUCAUGGACAUGGCAUAGUUGAUAGUUUCUUUGCGUGCGGUUGAUAACAUGGUGCCAUGGUGGUGGAAUCUCAAUGUCUUAAUUCAUCUCAGAAAGCCACUCUUGGAAAAUUCAUGCAAGAAAAUUCGUACUUUUGUUGU